GAGAUGAUCAUUUCGCAGUUUUUUCAGUUGGAAAAAGACAAUGCCUUGGUGAAUCCCUCGCUAAGAUGGAGCUUUUCAUAUUCUUUGUGGGUUUGAUGCAGAAGUUUGAAGUGAAAUUGCCUGAGGGAGCAAGUCAACCAGUGAUGAGACCUCAACUCAACCAUUCAACACAAUCGCCUAUAUCAUACAGUGUAUGCUUCAAACCGAUGUUUGAUAGAGUGCUAAUUGAACAAUUCAACACAAUCGCCUAUACCAUACAGUGUAUAUCUUCAUACCAAAUGUUUGAUAAUCGAACAAUUCAACACGAUCGCCUAUACCAUACAGUGUAUAUCGUCAUAACAAGUGUUUGAUAAUCGAACAAUACAACACAAUCGCCUAUACCAUACAGUGUAUAUCUUCAUACCAAGUGUUUCAUAGAGUGCUAAUUGAACAUU